AUGCAAUCGAAGUGUCUCUUCCAGAAUUUUAGUGAGGAUGAAGCGAAUCGCUGCUUUACGGAACGAUUUGGAAAUUUUUAUGAUAUCUGCAAUAGGAAAUGCUUUACAAAUAUGCAGCUCGCCUCACUGCACAACGAUGAAUUGGAAAAUGUUGUGUAUGGCUUGCUUUUUCCGAUACUGGUAUUUUUUGUGGUGAUUGCUAAUGUGCUAGUUGCAAUAGUGCUAUCAAAAAAGCACAUGAUAACGCCGACAAAUGUGGUCCUUAAAUAUAUGGCAAUUGCGGAUCUGUGCGUUGGGCUUGUGCCGUUGCCCUGGACAUUCUUUUAUCACAGCCUUGGGAAUUAUUUACUGGAGGAUCGCCUUCAGCUUUGGUGGUGCUAUAUGUAUAAGUACAGCAUGGACGCUGUUCCUCCUGUAUGUCACAACAUCGCGAUGUGGCUGACUGUACUUCUUGCUGGCCAGAGGUACAUAUCGGUCGAAUAUCCCAUCCAAUCACACACAAUAUGCAGUGUUCGGAACGUGCGUUUAGCAACACUAAUUAUAACGCUAAUAUCGUUGGUAUGCGGCUUGCCAAAAUCGUUUGAUUAUUACUACGAGGUUUAUGAGGGGUGGGCAUUCUUCCCGGAUGGCGAAACAAAAUAUCUCAGGUACACAACCAAUUUUCAGAUUCCCAUGAUUGUCAAUGACUGUUCGGUCGUAUAG